AUGGCUGCGGCUCUUUGCAUCUCCAUCAACUACAAUGACCUCAUGGUGCACACCUUCCACAGGAACCAUGCCAGUUUGUUCAGGUAUCGGGUAAGAGACCUCAGAACACUGAAUGUGUCGUUUGUCGGGAGAAAUUCCUCAGCUCUCCUUAUUACAGAAACGUUUACCACAGUCGUAGCCAAGAACGUCAUUGUCGUGGCGCUCUGCAUCUCCAUCAACUACAUCAACGGCACCCUGGUCCAUACCUUCACCAAACAUCAGCUCUUUAGGGUGAACCCUCGAUACAUCCUCUUCAUCCACCUGGUUCUCAACGAUAUGAUCCAGCUGUCGAUUUCUGGGCUUCUGGUCGUUAUCUGGUACACCUUCUACACCAUCAACGUUUCUUUCUGCUGCCUCCUGCUGGUCAUCUCCAUCUGCACUACCCUGAACACCCCUCUCAACCUGGCCUGUAUGGCAGUGGAGUGCUAUGUAGCUGUGUGCUUCCCUAUGCGUUACCUACAGAUUUGCACUGUGAAGAGAACCUACAUCCUGAUAGGUUUGAUUUGGGGGGCGAGUGCCAUCUCCAUCCUACCCGACAUCUUCCUGCUCAUGAUAGUGGAGCCUCCAAGCUUCUUUCAUGCCAGGGUUAUCUGCAUCCGGGACAUGGUCUUCAGGAGCAGCAUCCAGAAGAGGAACACCUCCCACAUCAUCUGUCUAGUUGUGGUCUGGCUAACCUUGUUCUUCACCUAUUUCAAUGUUCUGUUCGCGGCCAAGGCGGCCAACGCAGAUGUGAAGAAGGCGAGGAACACUCUGCUUCUGCAUGGCUUCCAGCUCCUGCUCUGCAUGAUGACUUACAUAAUGCCCCUACUUCAGGCAGCCCUGCUGUACCUUUUCCCCAAGCAUAUCUACGAAAGUAUGUUCGCCUUAUAUGUCUUCAUUCAGGUCAUGCCACGCUUCCUAAGCCCCAUUGUUUAUGGCGUAAGAGAUAAGAAGUUCCGGAACUAUCUCAGUAGAUAUUUGAUGUGUGAAGUCAUCAUAAAAACCAAACCAAACCAUCACAAUCACAAAGCAGGAUUCUAA